AUGGCUUCGAUAAGAAAACCCAGCCAUCCUGUGCGUGACAUCUUUGGCGACCUCAGUGAUAUUUCCUUAGAAGACUCAAAGAUGGAGGACAUGCGGAACUCUGGUAUCAGUAGAAGUCUUACCAAAAUAGCACCCGGUCCCAGCAGAUUUUUAAAAAGAAACCAGACUCUGGGUGGAAAACACUUCCUGCCGAAAGACAACGCUGUCCUGGGGAGCGAGCCCUGGCGCUCUUCAAGUAGACCGUCAACCACUGUCUCCAAGGUCAGAGCCAACGCGGCGCUCACGAAGCUGGCGCAGAUAGAGACCAGGAUCAGGAACCGGAAGGUGCGGAUGGAUCCAUCAGACACGGAACACGAGGACUGGCUCCCUAGCAGAGCAGAGGGAACGCCCCCCAGGAGGACGACUGACCUUUCUUCACAGAACUCAGGACGACCCUCCCCAGAACGGGCCCCUGAAAUUCCUGUCUCUGAGACAGACAUGCCGAGUGGGAAGGCCAGUAGGUUUCUAAAGAAGAGAGAAGCAGGGGUGGCAAAGAUACCCGUGGAAGCCCAGGCUGGGAAGGAGAGGGAUGCUCAAAGACCCAAGGAGAGACAACACCCUAGAACACUGGAUUCUACAGACAGUGAUGAAGAGGAAAUGAAAGAGUUGCUAGGGAGCUUGAUAGAAUCUUCCAGGGAAAAAGAAACACCCACCAAUCAGGGUUUCACCAGCACCAAAGCCAGUGAGAAAGAACAAACAAAACUAGUCUCGGAUGAAAUCCCAACUCCACUGAGGGCCCUUUCACGGCCCAUCAAGGAUCUUCCCAGCUCAAAGCCCUUCCCCACUUCAUGGCUGUCAACCUCAGGGUCAGCAGAUGGGACCCUGCAUGGUGCUGGCUUGAGAACUCGCUCCCCACAGACGCACACGUUUGCCUCCCGCACGGUGUCACUUUCCAUCCCUGGCGCCUUUCCGGAGUCAGUGCCCUCGACCGCGGGGGACGAUGAGCUCUCACCCUCCCAGAGAAGGAGCGAGCCGGGGCCCCGGGAGGAGCCGCCCUCAGAAGCCACCGACGACAGUCUGAAUGAUUUUAGAAUAAACAUUUUAUCCCUGGAUGAUCUGGCUCCAGCUGUCAGUGAGAAAUCAGACUUGGAAUGGAAAGAAGAAGGUCAGGGGGUCAAGGCAUCCAGUAGAAGGCCCUGGGCAGGAGAUCCCCGCUCUGAGAGCGAGAUCUCUGAGCGCCUGAGUGAGCCGUCGGCCUCGUCCCCUGGGCCCCAGGGCAUUUGUUGCCUGGGGCCGACGUCUCUGGAACCUGUGGCCAGCGCGGGGAGCUUGACUUACUCAGAAGAUUUUGAAAAAUCCCCCAGUCCCACAGCAUCUGAGUCAACGGCCUGUUCAGAGGAGUCUCCCGACAGGACACUGGCCACUCAGUCUGAAUUUUCUGCAAGUCUGAAGUCAGACCUCCCUCCCUCAAGUCCCAAGUCGCGGAAGAAGCGGGCCAGGGGUGUCCCAAGAGUCGUGGUGAAGGAGACGGCCGUGCAGACACCCGACCCCGCCUUCACCUACCAGUGGGCUGAGGCGGCCGGCGUGGCAGCCAUCGGACCAGCCCUAGGAGGUGCCUACGUGGACCCGGCACCCAUUGCCAGCCAUGUCAUCAGCGCAGACGCCAUAGAAGCCCUGACUGCAUAUAGCCCAGCCGUGUUCGCACUCAACGAUGUGCUGAAGCAGCAACUGAGCCUGACGCAGCAGUUCAUCGAGGCCAGCCGGCACCUGCACGCGUCCCUCCUGCGCUCCCUGGAUGGAGACUCAUUCCACUACCACACCCUGGAGGAAACCAAAGAGUACAUCAGACGACACAGGCCCGCCCUGUUGACCAUGGAGGAGGCUCUGGAGGAGGUGAAGAAGGAGCUAUGA